GUGACUGGAUGAGUGUCUGCCUGAUCCUUCAGGUUGUGGUAGCCUCCAGGCACCCCCAGGCACCCCCCAGGCACCCCCUCGAAAUGAACUAAUCUCACCCACCUUUCCCUUUCCCUCCCCCGGCUUAUAAUUCUUUGUCUUGCCUCACUCCAACAUCAUCCCAUCAUCCAACUGUUCGUCUUUCGCUAUCAAAACUGUCAACAUAUAUCAUCACACCACCUAUCCUUCAACUAAACUCUGACCCCUACCGAGUUCAUCCAUCGCCCACCAUGGCCAUCUCUUCCCUCCUUCGUCGAGGAGUGGAGGCUGCUGUGGACUACCAGUCCAAGCAGCCCUCCCAGAGCCAGCCAACCAUCCACUUGGCGGGGUGGUUGUCGGCUUUCUUCAUCUUCACCGUCCUCGCUUUCAUUGCCAUUCUUCUUUCGGUCGAGUACACUUACGGACAGCUGGUUCCUACCCUCGCUAUCGUGGAAGAUACGAACCCUGAUAUCUACGUCCGCAUCGAUACCGACUUCGACCCGAACAAGCCCGUCGAUGCGACCGAGCCUGAAAUCGAGACCCGCCCGCAGCCCAUCACCAACAAGUUAUGCACCACUAUCCGCCAUCUUCGCGCCCGGGCCGGUCCCUGGUCCCGUUUCCGCGGGCUGAGCAUGUACUUGGCCUACUGCUUUGCUCAGUCGGCUGUAUACUCCCUGGUGCCCUUUUCUGCUGCAGCAUUCCUUCCUCAUUACAUCAUGUACGUUCUCAGCGGCGUGCUUGUGGCCAACCUCCAGCUCGCGUGGGUUCACAUAGUCAUCUCGGAGCCCUCUCCGAAGCGCUUCUACCAGCGCAUCGGGGGCUUCCAGACUUGGAAGCGGAUCGCUCCCGUUGCGGCAUUCGAGCAUGCUGUCACCGGCGCCGGCCUGUACGCUCCCCUUUUCCUUAUCGAGGCCUUCGGCGGCUUUGACGGACUCAAGGACUUGGACUCCUUUACCCCUUCCGAUCCUUCUUUCACCAAGGCUAUCUGGACCAUCUAUGGCCUCCUCCUUGUGCCCACCGUGGUGUCAUUUGUGGCCUCCAUUCCUGCGCGGGCUAUCUUCCUUCGCGUGGCUGCUUCCAUGCUUCCUGAAGAAGAUGAGGCUAUUGUGCCUUUCGACCGCUCCUACGGCGGCAAGGUGCAGCCUGCCAUCCUGGGUGGCAGUGGUAAGCUCAGCAUCUCCGAUGCUUGGAAGACCCUCGAUCGCGCUGCACUGACCCGCUUCGUGAAGUCGAUGUGCAAGGCGGUCGCUAUCGAGGCCGGCGUGACUAUGUUCUUCACGCUGCUACUUACCGGCCAGAUCCUCGCCGGCGCUGUGACUUACGGGUUCCCUGGAAACAACGCUUAAGCAGAUUGACGUUUUGUUCUGCCCUCCACCGUUACGAUGACCCUCACCCUCCUUCUGUCAUUUGGACUACGUGUCUCCGGUUUAUAUAUGUGAAUAAAUUCUGUUUCAAACUCGGCUGAGCCCUCCACUCUCUUGUAUCUAUCACCAUGGUCUAAGUAGUGGAAUGGAUUCCACAGGCAUACGCAGGUCUGGAUUCAUUAAAGCUUAGAGUUGUAGUUCGGUAGUAGGGUUAAAUCGCUG